ACCUGAGGCGUCAAACCAUCAAAUCAACCCUUCUGCAGCCGCCAGCGCCAUCGUCUGCGAACUGCUAUCGUCUGAGCACGGCGGUGCGCACGAGGGGCAUUUUGCUGCCAUUACCAAUCAGUCAUUAGUCGGCAUCAGUUAACAGUGGUUCGAAUUGACAGAAAAUAGCGGGGUAGCGCUGUACACAAAGCAAGCAGACCAACACGAUGGGCUUGAAACUGAGAUGGUUUCGCCGAAGGAUCACCUUCGAUGGUAUUCCAUCUGCUCCUGAAAGAAGCAUCCGCCGGAAGGAGGCCACAAGUGGAACAGUGAUCGGUGUGUAUCGACAUAGUAGCCACUUCGAGGAUUAUAUUGAACCGGUUCGAUCCUCCUACUGGGAACCACCACCGCAAGCGAUCGCACGUGCCAGUAAGUAUAAACGAUCUACCGAACUAGUCCAGAUUGGGAUUCCCCAGCCUCCCUAACCUCUAU